CACUUAUUCUCAUGUGGAUCAUCUUAUUUUUUUGUGUACAAUCUUUUAGAUUUUUCCACUUUUGAAGUUUCCCACUGACUUCACAGGAGGACAUGUCUACCAACCAGUAUUCUCCGCUGUUUUAUCUUAUUUGCCUUUGUGCAUUCAGUUGCACACAAGUCUUUGGAUAUCAGAGUAUCAUCUCUGUGAAUAACGGAGGCCUCCUUGGAGAAUGGAAGUUUAUUGAGAAGUGUCCUAAAGGAUGGUUUGCUCGUGGAUUCAGUUUGAAGGUUGACACUGGUGAAGGAUUAUUGGAUGAUACAGCACUGAAUGGAAUACAACUUUAUUGUACACCUUCACCAACCUCUAAUACGUCAAAAACUAUUGAAUCGUUGUCUGGAAAAUGGGGAUCUUGGACAAAGUCACGAUGGUGCCACAACGGUUUCCUUAGAGGUUUUGCUUUGCAAGUGCAGCCACCUCAAGGAUAUGGUGAUGACACAGCAGCUAACAAUAUCAUGUUCAUAUGUUCGAAUUAUGAAAUCCUUCUAGGCCUAGGAGGAAAUCGGGGAAACUGGGGGAUUCAAAGCAAUUUCUGUGGCACAGGCAUCUGCGGCAUACAGACAAGGCAGGAGUCUCCACAAGGCAUCCUGCAUGAUGACAGUGCUCUAAAUGAUGUCCGCUUUUACUGCUGUCAGAAUGAUGAUGUUUACUAAAAUAGCAAGUGUGUGUUAAAGGUGAUACAGCACUUCUUUAAAUGAAUGCAGCUUUUAAAUGUUAGAAAAUGAUAAAAGCGUGUGAAAAAUUUAUGGCUAGUAAGACUCAAAAAUAAUCCCUCAAUUUAUGCAUUUUUUCAUUUUAAAUACACAACAAUGGGGACAAGAUUUAAACAGCUAUUAUUAAGACAAAUAUUUUUAGGAAACGCUCUUUACCUGCAUGCAACAGUACAUCACAUAAUGUCAAUAUGUCUCUAUUUUGCACUAUUGUGAAUCCUGAUAUUUGCAUAAUAAAAAGAAAAAAAAUUG